AGUUAAAUUCGAAGUUGAACGAGGGAAGUACCGUGCCGACUACAGUACUACGCGAGACACGUUUGUUGACGUUCGUGGGUUGACAAAUCGGGGGUACCGAAUAUUCAAAUUUUUGUGAAAUUUAGUUUAGAAAUGCAGCGUUGUAUCUAAUACAUUUUUAACAAAAGGACCUUUUUUUUCAAAAAUGUUUUUGAUUGUUGUGCUGGUUGUUGCGGGUUACGCGGUUGCUGAUACUAAUAUAAAGAAUUUAAUGGGUGAACCUGACUACAGGCAGGUGCGCCUCCACUGGGAAGUAGAUUCCUCCAAAACGAUCCCAAACGGUUUCAACGUGCGGUACUGCGAGCUACAAACGUGGGGUACUCAAAGAUGUAAAGUCCAAAACAUACCGGACAUCUCGGAGAACGUUCUGGACAAAGAAGAAAACAUGAAGAUAUUUAAUACUGAUAUAAAAGGUCUGAGGAUGGCCACGACUUAUUCCUUCGAAGUGAAAGCUGCCAAGGAAAAAGGAGAGAGGGAGGAUAGGGCCGAUGGUGACGAUAAAAAUCAGAAUAUGAUUGUCAUACCUACUAAAGGAUUUUCCGCAAAAGCGACACAAUGCCUUCCGCACGCCAGUGAAAUAGAGGUCUCCACGGGACCUUUCUUCGGGGGCAGGAUCGCUGUGGAAGCGGCGGACGGCGAGAGAUGUGCUAUCGAUGGCGAACCCGAUAGUCCCAGAGACGUGUACACGCUGCGCAUAAAUCACACCGAAUGCGGCAGUCAAGUCAACGAUACCACUGUCGCCACCUUCGUGUUGGUACAGGAGAAUUUGCCGAUUUUGACUCAUAGUACGAGAAGGUUCUUGGUUUUGUGCUCCUACCAGCCAGAAACGUUGACGGUGCGGGCUGGCAUCAACCUUCCGAACGCCGCCGUCUCGUCGUACCACCAGCAGCAAACAGGCGGCGGCGGCGCGCGGGGGCAGGCUCACGUCGAAGCCCAGUACGAAGAAGGAGACAACACUUUAGGAAGAAGAUCGAGGACCGGUCGAGUGAUGCAAAAACCAGAAGCGUUAGUUAAAGAAGAGACGGCAGAAUUCAAAGAACCGAUAUCCUACAAAAACAAUUUCGUCCCUGUUUUCGUGAUAACGAUGUUGGUCAUCGCGGGCGUCAUAGGAAUCGUGGCAUUGGCCCUGAAGAUAGCCAGCAAGAAGAUCAUAGAAGAAUUCGACAACGUCUCCAUCGCUUCUGAGAUAUCUACAAGCAGUUGCAGUACAGUUACGGAAGUUGAAGUAGCCAUUGAAGGUGUAAACAAACAUACGGAAAGAUCCUUCAGUCACAUAUAAGUACCGACGGUGUACUUGACGAUUUUGAGAUUUUCAUUGGUGACUACAAAACGAAUAAAGCUGUAAAGAUACUCUUCUCAGAAUAACAAAUAGAUCAACUAAUAGAAAUGGUGUUAAAAAUGAUGAAUUUGUUAUAUAAAAUACGUACUGACAUCAUCACUUAAUCGUUGACUUUAAAACUAUUUAUUAGAUAAACCUCUCUGAUUAAAUAUGUUUCUCCAACAAUGGCAUGUUAAACUUUAAAAUUCUUACUUUAAGUUAAUAAUGAGCUAAAUUUAUUGGGCAGUAGUAUCAAUAGUAUGUAACGCUUCUCAGAGAAGAAUACACUACAUCACACCGUUUGGUAAUAAUGAAUAAUAUAGUUCCUAUAUAAUAUAUAUAUAUAUAUAUAUAUAUCAGUACAGCAUCGUGUAAUUUAUUCUAACCAACUGUAAAACAGAAGAAAUCAUCCUGGAAUUAUAGCAUCUUAUCAAAUCUUAAAAAGCCACGAUCCUAUCAAAUUUUACCGUCCAUUCUAUUCAGUUUGUACUUGAACUUUCAGUGUCCCAUUCAUUCUCUCACGCUUAGAUACUUUCGAAAUUGCAAAGUGGUUAUCAAUCUUGCCUUAAAAGAUUCUUGAGUUUGAACCACCUGAUUUAUGUGUCAUUUACUUUUAAUUAUUGGUUAUUAUAAAAAUAAAUUUACCGUAAAUCUUAUAUGUCAUAAAAUUCACUUCUUAUCAUCAAUUCGAGUCGCCAAACUAAACUAAAGAUUUAUAAUCUAAAGAACACUUAUCAGAUUGGCAUAUGUCCACAUCUUCAAGCAAACGUUAAUUGGAAAAACGUUUUGUUAAAGCGCAAUCACACCAUAUCGCAAUGAGGUUCGAAGGACCAAUGUGCAAAUUUAAAUGUGUAUCUUUCGUUGUUCUCGAUCGACGAUGAAAUAAUACGAAGUCGAUGAUAGUAGCGUGAGAAAAUAAUUUAUUAGUAUAUUGUAUAAUCCAAUUUUUAUAUAUAUAAUAAUGGUCAACUGUCUGUAUUGGACGUAUCUUAUUUCAAUGAUCCCAGUAUGUCUUUUGAUGGAUCUCGGUUUAUUUCAACGACAAACUUGUUCUUAAUUCAUCUCCUGUCAUGAGGAGACUGUUAGUAUCUACUUACUUCGGUAAGUCAUGGUCAUCAGAACUUAAUAGAGGGUACCUUACAACCCGUGAAGAUUAGGUUGACGUUUGCAUUUAUUACAUUUCAAAACUCAUUCCUGACAUAUACUCAACUUCUUUGUCUUCCGACAAAAUUUUGUCGAAAGUUGUUCAGCAGUUACAUAAUUCCGUAUCAAGGGAAAUCUGCAAAAUAAUUAGACAAUUCUUGGAAAUAACUCCUUAAGUUUUUAAUUCAAAAAUUAUUAUAUACUUGCAAAAAAAUUAUAAAGAGCCAUCGAACUAAUUAUAGUAAUAUGUGCAAUAAAAAUAACUGACUGCGAUAAAAUAUUUUUUAAUAAAACUGAGUACAAUUUGUUUACAAACAAAGUGUAUACCAUGGUACUAUGACUAAGAAGAUAAGAUAUUGCGCAUAAGUCGUGACGUCAUUGGAGAGUUACACGUUCGAAAUGUCAGUUUUUUGUAUAUAUCAAUAAAUAAUCUUUAAUAAAUAGUUUAGAGAUAUCCUUAUGUGUACGAUUACUGUAAUUAUUAAACCUCUUAACUUAUUUUUGUCUAGUAAUUUCAUCACAGAAUGGAAAUAAAUCCCAUUUAACUUUAAUAAGAAUUCAAAUUCUACUCUCCAAUGACGGCAUGCGCGAACACGACCUAUUUUGUGCUACGGGAAGAUCCUAUCUUGUUAAUCAUAGCAUAGUAUUAACCCUGUGAUCAUAGUAUCAUGGUUUAUACUAAUAAUGAUAAUGACAUGCAUGUCAUGUACUGACGUUCAUGAUUUGCAAAAUGGCUGAAUAAUGCUUAUGGCUCUGUAUUACUCAUUAUCAUAUCCUGUUUUGUUUUGUGUAACGUAAUGAGAACUUUUGCCUAUAGCAUUUGGCAUAUAUAAUUAAAAAGCUGUAGUUGGAUCUAAUUUAUUUGAUAACAAACAAAAUAACUGCCUAUUUUGUAGUUGUAACCUUUUCGCUGUUGUGUAGUUGUAGUUUAAUUUCGUUUUGACACCCGUUACGGUUGGUAUUUAUCGUUCUUGUGAUACAAGAAUAAAACCAACACGAGCAACUCCCCCUUGUGAUAGAAUCAUAAACUAUCUUUAAGAAUUUCGUACACAGACACAAAUAUAUAAUUCAACGAAAAGUUUUCGUACGGAAUUUUUAAAGGGCAUCACAGAUGUAACUCUUUAAGUGUAAGAUUAGUUUAGUGAGCUAUUGCAUAUUUACUGUGAUAUACCAGGUGUUGGAAGCACUUACUUCAUUUUAGGAAAGUAUGGAAAAUGUAAAACACCGGGUAUAGUAUGCAAUUGAAAACGCAUGUGUAUUUAUUUUGUAUAUUGUAGUGCGGUUGUAUGUAUGAUCUCUUUUAUAGAUCAGUAAACUCGAAUAAAUAUUUUUAUAUUUC